CCUUCUUCUUCUCAGCUCCCAACAAUGGAGGGAAGCUCUCUUCUCACCACUUCUUCUUCUCUCUCCAGCUUCAGAAUCAAAACCCAUUUCUCUUUCUCUUUCUCCUUCUCUCUCUCUCCUCCUCAAACUUCUUCUUCAGCUUUCUCUCACAUCCCAACACCAUUCCACUCUCUUUCUCUCUCCCUCUCUUUCCCCAGGAGCUCUUUUCGUACCUCGGCCUUCACCGUCGACCAAGCUCCCCAAAUACCCACUAACCAUUCGGCAGACCCCUUGCCCAAGACUGAUAAGAGUGGCAGGUUUUGCAGCCCAAGAGCCGCUAGAGAGCUCGCUUUGUCUAUUAUAUAUGCUUCGUGUUUAGAAGGGUCUGACCCAGUUCGGUUGUUUGAGAAGAGAAUAAAUGCUGGACGAGAACCUGGGUAUGAGUUCGACAAGGCAUCAUUGUUGCAGUAUAACCAUAUGAGCUUUGGAGGGCCUCCUGUCACGGUAGAGACUGUGGAAGAAGCAGACGAGCUUACGAGAAAUGAUGACGAGGAAUCCGCAAUUGAAGCGGAGGUCCUUUCAGCUCCUCCAAAGUUGGUAUACAGCAAACUGAUCUUGCGUUUAACGAGGAAACUUUUAGUUGCAGUCAUGGAUCAGUGGGAUAGUCACGUACUUGUCAUUGACCAAGUUGUCCCUCCAAAUUGGAAGGAUGAGCCUGCCGGAAGAAUCUUGGAGCUGUGUAUUCUUCAUUUAGCAAUGUCUGAAAUAUCAGUGCUCGAAACCCGCCACCAGAUUGUCAUUAAUGAGGCUGUGGAUCUUGCUAAACGAUUCUGCGAUGGAGCGGCUCCUCGAAUAAUCAACGGAUGUCUUAGAACUUUUGUCCGAAACAUUGAAGAGACUGGUUUACCUAUGGCCUUGGAAGACAAGCAAAAGGCGGUUAGUUCGACGGACUGAACUAGGAGCAUGUUAGUUUGUAGGUGUGUUGGAGAAACCACUAGGGGUGGGGAAAAUACAAUUUUUUUUGUUUCAUUUUGGCUCCUAUCAAAGUGGGGAGCACUAGAGCCUACAUUUAAAAGGCUUAGUUUGGAAGGAGAAGUUUUAGAGGUGAUUUUGUUGUAUUGUAAGUUUAAUGUGAAAUAUGUAGUAUAAUUUACUCAGCAAAAAAUGUAGUAUAAUUUUUAAAAAUAAUGUUAUAUAAUUAUAUCAGGAUUUUGUAUUGUGGAUAUUCCAAUAAUACUAAUAUUUUCUUUUUAAA